UCCUCGCGUCUUCCGUCUCUCCGGCCUCUUUUUUUCCCCCUCGGGUUCGUUUUGCCCCGGAGUCUUUUCGACGGGGGCUAUUACGUCAGCACGUCUCGGCGUGGCGCGGCGAUAAUCCGACGCGAUGUAAAGCUUCCGGCGGAGGUUGGAGGUGGAUGCCCCGGGCUUGACGCGGUGUCGCGGUGCAGUGGGGCGCGCUCCGGAGCUCUCCGGAGGAAUUCCGGUCUUUGUGGCAGUAACCUCAUCAGCCCGCCAAGAUGGCUAUGCAAGCGGCCAAGAGGGCGAACAUUCGACUUCCACCCGAAGUAAAUCGGAUUUUAUAUAUAAGAAAUUUGCCAUACAAAAUCACAGCUGAAGAAAUGUAUGAUAUAUUUGGGAAAUAUGGACCUAUUCGUCAGAUCCGAGUGGGGAACACACCUGAAACUAGAGGAACAGCUUAUGUGGUCUAUGAAGACAUCUUUGAUGCCAAGAAUGCAUGUGAUCACCUUUCAGGAUUCAAUGUUUGUAACAGAUACCUGGUGGUUUUGUACUAUAAUGCCAACAGGGCAUUUCAGAAGAUGGACACAAAGAAGAAGGAAGAACAGUUGAAGCUUCUCAAGGAGAAAUAUGGCAUCAACACAGAUCCACCAAAAUAAAUAUUUUCUGCAUUUUCAUUUUAGACUACAUCCCAUAAAUGAUUACCAUCACCCUUUUCUUGUUUUUAAUUAAUGCUGAAUGUUGUGAUUUCUUAUUCAAGAUUCAAAAGGACCUACUUAAAACUUUGAUACAUUUUAGAAUAUGUUAUGUGAAUAAACUUGUAGCUUUUUGUAAAACUUGUAGCUUUUUGUAAAACAUGUCAGUGUUUUCUCUUAAGCUUCCUCUCAUUUGAUACCAGAAAAUAAAUUAGCAGUCGAACUGUA